AUGAUGAUGAUGAUGAUGAUGAUGAUGAUGAUGAUGAUGAUGAUGAUGAUGAUGAUGAUGAUGAUGAAGAUGAUGGUGGAGAUGAUGAUGGAGGCGAUGGAGAUGGUGGUUAUGGUGGAGAUGAUGGUGGAGAUGAUGGCUGCCAGGUCGAUGAUAAACCGAGUCCAAGAAAUGGAGAACAGAGGAAGGAGCGACAUCGCUGCCUUCAGCAAGCACGAUUUCGGGCAAGAGGGAGAAAGGCAGGAACAGGAGGAGGUGCAGGUGCAGGAGGAGGAGGAGGCAGAGCAACAAGAUGAUCGGGCUUCAUCAUGCAUGUGUCCUCACCUGCUGGUUCCAGCGGUACAUCCUCCUCUUCUUGUCCUUCCCUGCACUGAUGGAGGCGCGAGAAUAGGCAUGGGGAUGGAGCUUGAAGCAAAAGACGCGCAAGGAGGGGGAGCUGGAGCAGGGACGUUGCGCUUGCGACGGAAGGAAGAGGACAGUGACGAGCUGCUCAGCUUCAGCGGAGGCUUCGACGCUGUUGUGACCUCCUUCUUCCUCGAUGCCACUGAGGAUGCGACGGAUGUCAUGAUGGUCAUCAAGAGCGUGCUCAAGAGGGGAGGGAGCUGGAUCAAUGUGGGACCGCUGCUCUACCAUCCUCACUCCACCAUACUGCUUGACGAGGAAGAACUGACACAGGUUUUGAUGGCGAUGGGGUUUGAGAUGGUCUCCUUUACGAGGCUGAGAGAGGACUGGGGGAAUGAUCUUUCACUCAGAGGACAAGACCUUCAGGUCAUCUCCUUUGCAGCAAAGCUGGUGCAAGAUUGA